UGACUGUGUUUAAAAAAAAAUACUCGGAUAAAAAAAGAAAAAAAUAAAUGGUACUUACCGAUAAAAAUUGUUUUCAACAAAUAAAUUAAUUUACAACAAAAAUGUAAAAUUCACCAAGAUUAAAAUCAUAACAACACUGUAUUCGAUAAAGGCCGACUUUUUCUUCAUGUUUUACCUACAUAAAAUGAUUAAUCCAUAACAAGCUAGCAAAAGUGCACUAAAAUAUAAUGGAUGCUUCGGCAUCGCCGCAAGUCAAUGCUGAUUUAAAUGGGGUUUACGGUUUUUUUCUGAAGAUUGAGGACUCUAGUUUUCCUACGGCCAAGCCAAAAAGUACAGUGAUUAAAUACACCAAGCUUCCUGACUUUGAAUUUGAUCGGAAAGUGUCAUGGCCUCCAAACCAAUACACAUUGCCACCACGCUUGCGUCGGAUCAUUUCAGUUGAAGAUCCAACAUUUGUGACCAGCCGAUCGCUCUGCGCCGACAUAUUGGCAUCUUCCAGAACUAUGACUUCAAAUAUUACUAAGAGAAAAAUUGUGACCAUUACAGAAGAUGAAGAAAAUGAUUUGCAUCCUAAAUUUACUAGAAGACCAUCUCCAAAGAUGUCAAGCAGGUCUGUAGGUACAGAUCCCAAAAGAGAAAAACAUUUUUCAAAAACAACUGCUUCUAGGUUGGCAACGCCGAAAUAUUCAAAAGAACCGAAAAUUAGUAGUCCUCGCUUAGGUGACGUAAAUAGUAAAGAUGUCAAUGUUUUGAAACCUACAUCUAAAAGCAAAUACUCAAAUGUUAGUCAAUCAUCUAUGUCAGAUAUUAACAAGCGAGCCAAAGGGAAAGAUGCAAUUUGGAAUACGAAAAGUACUAACCUGUCAAAUGUAAAUAUAAUUAAUAAAAAUGCUACAACGCAAAGUCAAAGUGAAAAAGAAUUAAAUACUUCUAAAAAACGUGAUCUACACAAGUUUACAAGCAGUUCGACUAUUACAAAGCCAGUAGAGACAUCCCGUAGCCGUAGAGUGCACCCACCGAUCAAUGCAAAAGGAAAAUUGUUAAAACAAAUCACUAGUACCAAUAAGCCAGUCUCCGUAAUACAUGUACCGCUCGAAGAUAAAUACCCAAAAUCUAAUGAUUCGAGACUGGUUACAGAAACGGAUUCCGAAAUUGCAGUGCCAAAUUUAAUUAAAGAAGAUUGUAGUACGGAAAUAGAUGAAAACAUCGUUUAUAGAAAGAUAAACGUUGGAACCGACGCCAUACAAACAGUAGACCGGGAAAUACAAAUAAUUCCUGAAGAAUUGAUAUCUCCUCAUUCCCGAGCCGAAACCAACAAUACAUUGUUUGAUAGUCUGCGAAUACCAAAUGUUACACUGACAAAAGAUAAAAGUGAACGUACAGAAGAAAUAGUCAAAUUCCAUAGUAAAUCAUUACCAAAUUUGAAUGUGCCUCCAAUGCAAAUCACAACUAAAGUGGGAGAUAAAACGAGCAAGGAGCCAAAUAUUUACAAGUCAUACAUAAUCAGUUCAGCAACAGUGACAUGCACCACAAGGCAAAAAAUAAACUUUGAAGUGGUCAACGGAGACAACGACACGUCCUCGGAGCCAUCUACAAACAAAUUAGCAUAUCCAAUGAACGUGGUAUCCGUAUACAAGAAAAAAAUGAGGAAUACGGAAUCUAACCGUUUGUCCACUAAAAAUACCUAUCAGCAGGGAGAUAAGACGGAGGCAGAGUACACAGACCGACUGAAUAAAUUAAAGUCGCUUAAUUGUUCCUAUGUCCUUAAUAGCAGUAAAUUAGUGAAACCGUCCGAUAUAAUCGGUACAAUAAGAUUCAACAGCUUGUUACAAAGCGACUACAUCAGUGAACAGUUUCAAAGGGAGCUUAAUUUUAUAGAUUCUUUCUUUGAGUCAUUGCAAUAUUUGGAAAGCUGCACGUUUUCAGAGAAAGGUUUUUCUGAUAAUAAAGUGCAAACUUGGGCCUAUAAAGCUGGGUUUGACGUCACCACCCCGGAUUAUGGCUCGUUUCUCUCGAAUCUUGAAAAUGGAACAAAUGUUGAUGAUACUGAAACAAUGGCCUCCAAGAGUCUUUGUCUGCUCAACCUGCUCAUUCGCGAUGAACAGAGGCGAGCAAAGAAUCUCCUUUUUGUAUUGAAAAUGCGAGAAGAUGCUCUCAAGGACUUCACAAAAUCUCAAAUUCUUUGGCUAGAAGACAAAAAGAAACAGGACAAUACAGAUAUAUCUACCCUAAAGAAAAAACAGCGUGGCGCGCUUCUCAAAUUACAACACGAAUGUGGGGAAAUGCAACGGAUGCGUAAAGCCCUGCUCACACUUACGGAGAAACGGAAAGUUGCUUUGAUGAAAACAAAGAAAAAUAUAGAACUAAAACUUAGUAAUAGCUUGGAUGUUGAUCAAAUAAUAUUAGGAAAGAAAAAGUUGAAGAAAAGUGUAUCAUGUGACCGUAACACAGCUCCUCUGAAAUGUUUUGAUCUAUCGAGUAGUGGAUGUGAUGACAGUGCCACUUCCCGAGCAAAAUCUGAUAUGCCACUAGCCGGGACUGCAGUAGUACCUCCCGAAACCACUAGUGUUGAAAAGAGUAUCCAAACAGGUGACAGUAUAUUAGGAUCUCCAUUAAACACCGAUACUGCUGCUGAAAAUUUUGUAGCCGUUGAUGGAGGUUAUCUUAACAUACUUUUCCAUAAUCUUUCACUCCCUCAAAUAUUUAGUUAUGGCAAGCAGUAUGAAGUUAACGAGGAAGCAUUAAAAAACAUAGUAAAUUCAUCAAACACCAAUCAUAAUAAUUUGAAUGACACAGAUAUAAUAGAGAAAUUUAUGGAUCAUGUAAAGAAUUCGGAUGUGGAGUGUAGUACUCCAUCAACGGCUCGUAGUCUAGUCGAGGAGAUGGAUCAGUAUUACAAAGAUCUGACUGAGGGCGAAAAAGCUUCAAUGUCCGAUAGAGAGUGCAGUGGAUUAAUGGAGAUCAACGAUAGUGUUAUUCAAGUUGUGGAUUAUAAAGGUUCUGCGACUCUUUGUGAGAAUAGUUGUCAAAAUAUUACAAAUACCGAACCAGUGUUGAAUGUGGACAAUAUUAUGAGUGAAGAGCCUUGCAAGUGCGGUUUGAUAUCGCCUGUGGAGUGCGAAAAUAGUCAGGAGGGCGAGUUAUCAGAGCUCCCUCCGACCGGGCCGUUGCCAGUACCAGCUGGAGCAGUGGCUGUGGUUGAUGUACCUCAACCAGUCGUCGAUGGGCCACUCUGGUUGCUUCCCACGUCUUCCUCAUCAUCCAUCACUUCAGACAGCACAUGCAGCAGUCAGCCACUGAUGUCAGUGCUUUCCAUGUCUGGCAUGUCGUCCACAGCGCAUUGCGAAGCGGAGGAGCUGCGAAGACAACAGCUAGCGAUAGAAAGAGAGAUAAAGGCACUGGAACAGCAACAAUGCCAGUUGGUGGUGGUUCGCGAGAUCCCCGACAAGCCUCCGCCGCCAUACACCCCGCCCACCGAAACCAGACUAAACAAAAUCCCCAGACUUUACUUAGCCGACGAAACCACCUCGCAAAGAGUCCACAAGUACAUUACUAUGCCGGACCUUGGUCCGUCUGAUCCAACAGAUGGUUUUGACGUCUUUAUCAAUGAUUUCUGCCAAGAGGCCAUAUGCAGGCAUAAGUUGGAAGAGAGCGAUAAACCUUGGGACGCAUGCAAUCUUUUACCACAAAAACCACAAGUGGACACUGAGAAGCUUCUGUCAAAAACUUCGCAAGAGUUAGUAGAUGUGUUCACGGGAGUCACGCCUACUGUCGUAUCAGGUGUGGCGUCGCGGCGUUCCGAUCACAUCGACGACAUUCUCUUCGCCGAGUGGAGGCGAUGUGAACCAGAGUGGACCAAUCUUCACACCGACGAGGCCGCAGUCAAAAACCAACUGUUCGAAAGCAUCUUCCAGAGAAUUCUCACCGAAACCAUAGACGAAUACAAGAGGGUAGUCCACGUUGAACAGUAGCCAAUGAUGUCGCGUAGGGUUCGCUUUGGCAAACCGUGUUAAUGUUGUAUGUAUACAUACUUAAAUUAUAUUAUUUAAACUUUUAUUAUACAAGUAAUUCAAUCGAUAA